AUGUCAGAGGGUCGGUCGAGUUUGCCUCCAACGAGAGCCAACUCUAGGCAAAAUCGAUCGAAUUCUUUUCCUGAAAAUGACAAUCUACAACCACCGACAAAAACGAAUCGAGGACGGCGGAGCUUUGAUACUAAAGCUUCAAAACCGGAGCAAGACUCAUUAGAGGACGGCAAGAUUCUGGUUCUGAAAGUUAUUGGCAAGGUGAACUUGCGCAUCGAGAGAAAGGAAUACCAAGAACUUACAAGAAUACUUAAUCAAAUUCCCGGAGAUGUUCUGGUGCUCAUUUUGGAUAACUUGUCCAUGGAGAGCCUUUACGCUGAUAUUCCAAGCAGCUUAGCUUCGUUGGCAGCGCUUUAUUCAAAGAUUUUUUACGAUCGUCAGGGAAAACUUCCAGAUCACGGAUUUUCCAGCGAUGAUUUUGUCCAACGGCUUGUUCGGUAUUUCGUGGAUGUUCUCAAGUAUAACAAUCAGACGUUCGCGAGCGCACGUUCACGAGAGCAUAUUAAAACGAUCUUCAAAGUUUGCGCGCAGAUCGAUAAUUCCCUUCAUGAAAGAAUUGUUCAGAGAGUGGAGCAGCUUUCGAAAGCCUUGAAAGGAUUUUCCGAGCAUUCUUUGCUCGAGACAAUAACACGAUCAUCGGCAACUCGUUACAUGGGAAUGCCCGAGGCUUUGAAGUCUGAAUUAGAGCGGGCUAUAAACCAUUACAAAUCCUCCCUCCAAAGAUUGGCCGAUGUCUUAUUAAGCAUGCCUAAUAAUCAUGGUGAGCUAGAUUUAUCUUCUUCUGCACACAACAAGGUAGAUAUCGAUGAAAAGACGAUUCAGUACAUGAGAAAACUGUCGAGGAAAACUAUCGAGGACAGACUGUCUUUUAAUCAAUCGCUACUGUCUGCAGUACAGGAUAGUUCAAGGGACAAACUAGUGAUAAAUGAGUUAAUCGAAAGCUUAGGAACACGCAUUGACCACGAUAAAGAGGUAAGAGCGCUAUUCUCUACAAUAAAAAUUAAAACACAAAACAAAACAACAACAACAACAAACAUGUAAUAAGUACAGUUAAGUGCUAUAAGAUGGAAUUUUCUAAUUAGUAGUUUUCGUACGUUGACGAUUUUUUUGCGUGAGUAAUUAAGGUUGGUCGGCUCGUGCUCAUAUAACUAUGAAUACAAAUAAUGUUUCAUACAAACGCUGCUCUCAUUGAACAACCAAACAAAUGUGUUUACAAACUUUGGGUAACUUAAGCGUAACGUUUGUUUGCAUCCUUUCUAACAAUAUGAUGAUGUGUUCAAGGACUAGUUUCCUUCCAGUUCCAGUUACAUGUAAAUAAACAUUAUCAAAAAGGAAUAUCAUGAUUUUGAUAAAGAACCGUUGAUUUGUUUGGUGACGGAUAGCAAAAAGACUGCGAGCAGUCUCUUUUUUGUUCCAGACUGCUCUUGUUCGAAAAUCUGUGAGAGAGUGGGAUAUUCGAGUAUUCGAGCAGCAAAGCCGCAAGCAGGGCCAGUGUUGUGCUGGCGUCAGGACGCUCGUACAGGCGCCCGCACAACACACUGCUCGCGGUACUCAGAUAUUCCACUCCCCCACAGAUUUUUGAGCAAGAGAGAGACUGGGGAGAGGGGGAGAAAAGCGCGAUAGGGAAAAGGGAAAAUCCUCUUUCCCUUAUCCCUCCUUUCCUCCCCCCCCCAUCCCUUUCGACGCCUGCUACGUAAGCUAUGCAGUUGAUAACCUGUUGUAAACAUGUGACCCGGGCGAGUAGGGGAGGAAACUUCCCUUUUCUCGUCAUUUAUCCCCUUCGACUUAUAACCAUACAAACCUUGUACUAGAGUUUGUGUUAGGAAUUACCUGUUUACUUUGUUAAGCAGAGAAGGCAUUUAACUUUUACUGUUGAAUAACCCUCAGGACACAUUACUAACUAUGGGACAACUGAUUUGUGGUCUGGUUGUAGCAGUUAUAAAUUGAGACAGGUAAAUCAAGUCAUGAGUCGAAUCAUGUCAUCAGGGAGGUCAUAUCUCAUGCAGUUAGAUCGCAAAACAGUCCGUAUUUUUGCGUAUUCAAGUAUACGCGAACAGUCAAACAAGGGGUCUGGAGCGAGGCUGAAUUCUGAUAACGAGACUGGGGAGAGACGCUAAAAAUACAUUUUCUUUCUCUCGCCCGUGAGGCUAACGCGCUUCGUGCGUGUGAGGCUCUUACUUUACUAUUACGCUACGCUAAACCGAUUUUUUGUUUUGCAGAUUAUCAUGCUGUGCUUACUUUUGUCAACCUCAAUGUAGAAUUCGUUAUGUUUCAGGUCCUUCAACUUUUGAGCACACUAAGAAAAGAAUUUAACGUGUCACUUGACGAACAAGUAUUACCGCUACUCGAGAGGUUUCAUCACGGUUACCGCCUAGUAUUACAACUGUUAGAGGAGUCGCUAAAGGGUGUGGCUGCACUGAAGGUACCCACCAUCACUCGCACCAUGGCUAGUGAUUCGAAUUCUGGUGACGUCAGCGAAGAUGGAUCAGAUGUGUUCGAUACUGUUACCCAAUUGGACGACGAAACAGGUAAGGUGUUACCUUAGCGGCUCAAUUAAGGUUGCCUGGCUUGUUUACCAGGCUUUCAUAAUGAUCAGGUAUUUCAUUCAAGUAUCCGACAAGUCACCCGUAACUAGUUAGUCGCGCACAGUAGUGAGGCUAAAGGAGUAGGGAAGGCCUUUAGCCUGCGUGCAAGCUCUCCAGGGUGCUCUGGCGGCGGGGCGGGAAAAGGAAGGAGAGCCUGCAACUACGAUUCUGGGAUUUGAAAUGCUCAUUGGCGGAGAUGGCAUGAGUAAUGAUGUCUUUACCCUUGGCGCGUGCUUUCACGUGUUUUUCUAUGUUUGUUUACAUUCGCGCUCGUUUCCGCUUCGCGCUGAUUGGCGAAAAUCUGACAGCUUAGUCGACGGGGAGCCACGGGGGAAUUGGAGGCGGAAUUCAAAUUCCAAAGAGAGACGUUGUUACAAGCUGUCCUUUUUAUUCCCGCCCCGCCUCCAGAGCACCCCGGAGAGUUUGCUCGUAGGCUAGGAAGCCCUUUAGAUACAGUAACAACCAGCAAAUAAAAAGCUACGACUCAAGAAGUACGGUACUUCUACGUUGAACUUUGGUCAAACUGUAAAUACGGAUCACAUAAGUUUGUUUUCGGUGUUAAUAAUAAUAACAGUAAUGAUAAUAAUAAUGAUAAUAAUGAUGAUGAUCAAGAUCAUGAUCAUAUUUAUAUCAAUAGUAAACCAUAUCUAAAGAGGGAAACAACAGCCAGUUGACUUUGAUAAACUUAUAGCCCUCUACGAUACAUAAGACCCACUCUUCUUUCUACUAAAGAACCAUUUCGGCGUCUUGCAGAAAACCAUUUUUUUUACUUUACUUUAACAGCCUCGUCCCUUUGGCCUUACGGUUUAAGCGGCUCUUCGACGUAAUUCAAAGUUAAAAAUUAAUAAUUAAACACACCUAGAUCGGUCAAUGUAUAAAAAAUUCAAUAUUGUCGAUUUUCUUCAAUUUCUUUACAGAAUUUUCCGCGCUUAGCUCAAGUGAGACUGAAGAGGGGAAAAGGGUUAAGCCAACACAACGUAAACAGUCGAGUCCAAACGUUAAUGGGACAGAAAGAAACCAACAGCAAAGAGAUGUAACGGCCGACCUUCAAUUACAACUCCAGAAUAAACAAAAGGAGCUUGAAGCAGCACAGGAAAUGGUUCAACUCCUAAGAAAAAGAGAGAAAAAUUUGACUGACAGGUAAAAAAAGGAGCCUGUAAAUUCAUGGGAUAUUACAGUCAUGGAGGAAAGUCUGUAAGAAUAUCUUCUUCUGUUCUAUUUAAGGCUACAGGAUCAGGCGCAGAGACAGUUGAAAAAAGGCGGGAAAUUUGAGGAUUUAUCGGCAGGCGAGUGUCGGCCGUCCGCUCUGGUAGAACGCUAUGACAACCUCUACACCCAGACGAGGCUAGACGCCAUGGACGAGCUUGAUGAGUUGGAAUCUCUGGAUAAAGUAGACGAUAGUGGAGACAUCAAAAACAAAAUAUUGUUCUCAGUUUUGGUGGUAAGUACCAUAAUCUUCAUUUGCAUUUGCAGUUGUGAUUCGUUCAAAAAAGUUGUUAUAAUCUACUUAAAAUUAGAAAAAAGGCCAAUGAGAACCCCUAGAGAAUCUGCUUGAGGAAAUUUUUCAGGGAAAAAGCAACUUUUUGUGAGGACGAGCGAUUGGUAGGGCAAAUGAUUAUUGGUCGGCCAAGAGACAUUUGAGACUUAAAAAAAGAGUCGCUACAGUGACCAUGUGAUCUCUACUGCGGCGGUCGUGGAUGCGGAAUCCUGGGGAAAGUACGUCCCGUAGCCCACCUUAAUAGCCCACCUAGCAGCUUAGUGGCAAGGAGCAGCAAGGGUUUUCAUGUGAUUUUGGAGCUCGUUCCAUGUUUCGCGGGGCCAAAACCGAAAAUACCGUUUCUCGUCGUCCGCGGUCUUUCUUUGCUCCGUAACCACACGAAAAGGCUUGAUACGCAGGCUAUAGCCCACCAAGUUUCAACUUUAAGCAAGAGGAGUCGAAACAGUGAGUGCGGCGUUUUUCGCUCACUUGCUUUCGCUGUUAAUAAGUCGUAAUGACCUCAUUUAGAGAAGAAAGAGAUGUUAUUUUUCUCUCUUGCGAUCAAGGAUUAACAGUGACGAGGAGUGUUUGUUGCUGUAUGCUGGAUUCCUGUAAGCCUCAAAACCUGGAUUUUCCUUACGACUUGUACACAGCAUUUGACCUCGUUUGAGGAUAAGAAAUUUUAACCUGAGAAAACGCAGGCAAGACGUAAUUCCUGGAAAACCAGAAGCGUCAAAUACUUUCUUGAUAAAGUGAAAAACAAUCUAUGAUAGGUCUUAAAACCAGUGAUUGUAAAAAGAAAUAGGAGAAAAGUCGGCUCAGUUCAGAAUCACGUAGCAGCGACUACGCCACAAGACAGGUCUUCACGUUAUAGGAUUUGGCGCUACGGCGAAAGGUUAUUUCCAUGCAUGCGCACUGCGUCAUUUUUGGUCUUUUUUCCUUUCGGCCGCCAUAGUAGAGGUCGCCUUGGCCCUCCCGUCAUGCACAGAACUAUUCCUCAAUCUCCAUGGGUAAGAGCGUGUAUCCCAUCAUACUAUGUGGGGUCUCUACAGAAACAACGCCUUUAACUCGAACCAAUGAUGUUAAAAGUGUUUGUGUGCAUUCCGGUAGGUGGCAUACCGAACGGUACAACACGCAUUGACAGAAAAGCAAACUAAGCUCAAGAAAAUCCUAGAUAUCCCGGAUGACGACAAGAUAGCAGCGCACGCGCAGGAAAUGCAAGACCGCAUUGCUGACUACUUAAGGAUAACGGGCGCACGAUUGAAAAUUGACAGUAUCAAACAGGUGAGUUGAGAACUUAAGUGAAUAUUUUGAUGAAUGCCGAAAAAGUGGAUGAUUAUUUUGGUUAAUUUGUUGAGGGUGAACGCAAAUAAUUAAUCCUUUCCAAAUAGCUGUGAAAGCAUCCUUAAGGAAGCAAUUGAUUAUUCAAGCUCGAUUUUAAAGUGUAGAUUGUUUUGUGGUAUUUAAAACAAUGCCGAAGGAGACAACCCCAAGCAACAAUGACGGAAAUCUUGAAGAUAUAAACUCAAUCUAUACAAUUUUGUCUGACUUAGAAAAGUUGUAUUUCUAUGUGGAUGUAAUAAAAAGUUUCGCCAGCGGGACACGCGGGUUCAAUCAGCUGUUUUCUUUCCGAGAGACCACGUGACAUUGCUUUAACCCCAUCAUUUCGUACAUGCGUAAAACGGUGGCGAAUAACUUCAUAAGGAGGUUUUUAACAUUUCUUUUCUUUUUGGCUUUAAAGGAUGUAAGCAAACAGUUAUGGAGCACCUUGUACGAUUUUCCAGAAUUACAAAACUGUGUGAAGUUAAAAGAAUACAUGGAUGAAUGUGUUCGCUUGUCAUGGAUGCUGGCAGUCCAAAUUCCACCAAUGUGCAUUGAAUACGAAGCCACAGAGUUCACAGAGAAACUUCAUGGACGGUUCAUGACGUCUGACAUGACGUCUAUGGGAAUAAAGUAUCACGUGUGGCCGGCUUUGAUCGACUCGAAAGCCGGUGUUGUGCUUUAUAGGGGAACUGUAGUGACAUGA